GGCGACUGCGGCCAUGGCUGGAGCACUAGAUAAAACGAAACCGUGGUCGGAGGUUGAUGGGCAACACGGCAACAUGUGCACACUGGCAGGUCAUAUACUCUACCUGAGAGUGGCCGGGCUGUGGCCACACGCACAGGGAGCCCGCUACUUGCUGCACUCAGUGAUGGUGCAGCUGUGUGCCGUCGCUUACAUUGCCGUCGGUGUGGCCAGCAUUUACACCGCCAGAGGGGACGUGGACGGCAUAUCGCACACGCUAAUGCACUUGCUCGAGGUCGUCUCCGGCAUGGUCAAGGCGGGGCUCUUCUUCAGCAAGAGGCAGUCCUUUUACCGGCUGGUGCGAGACCUGGAUCUGAUGGUGUCCGAGGACUGGGACCGUCCCGAACUGGAGUCCGCUCGCCGCUGGGCCCGCCGGAUGACGGUGUCGCUGACUGCCUACAUCUACACCCUCAUCCUGCUGUGGCUGCCGGCGCCGCUGCUGGCCGGCGGCGACCAGAAGCUGCUGCCCGUGGUGCAGAUCGAGGGAGUGGACUGGUCGCUGUGGCCCGGCGCGUACGCCGUGCUGUACGCUCUGCAGUGUUCUGUACUCCUGACGCAGGUGCCUGUCGUCAUCGGCCUGGACUGCUUCUUCGUGGCGGCCAUGCUGCACGUGGCAGCCCUGCUGCAGCUGCUGGGGCAGCGCAUCUCUGGUCUGCAGGUCAUCAGUGGCAGUGUCGCGGACCUGGCUGGCGAUGUGAGUCUUAAGAGGCGGCAAGUGCUGUACGCGGAGCUCUGUACCUGCAUCGUGAACCAUCAGAAGAUCACGAAGUACUUGCGCAACUUGGAGGCCGCCAUGAGCACCAUGGUGCUGGUGCAGCUCUCCACCAACAUGAUCUGCCUCUGCAUGGGUCUCUAUCAGCAGAUUCAGCAGGGCGAGGCGCUGUCUGAGGCGGCGUACAGCAGCCACUGGGUCGGCGCCGGUGCUGGAUUCCAGAGGGCGCUGUGCAUCGUGAUGGCGCGCGCCCACAAACCGCUGCUCAUCACGGCGGGCCACCUCUACCCCGUCAACACGGCGGCCUUCGUAGCGCUGAUGAAGGCGUCCUACUCGUACUACACGCUGCUGAGACAACUGGACAGCGACUGAAAGAAAGAUGCAGGGAGAAUCGCACGACCAAGAUGCAAACGGAGCACUAUUCACAAAGCACACCGGCAUAGAGUCCAGCUUGUAGCCCACCUCUCUGAUGGUGGCAGCACUGUCCAACACUCUCAGCACAGAGUUCACUGCAAGAUGGGAAAGACGGCCACAUAAACAUGGCACUACUCUGACAUUUGUUGGCUACUCUGACCCCUAAGAAAUAUAUUUGUAAAAUAAAAAUUACAUUGUAGCACCACAAACUUCGACAAUAUAUCUUUCAUUUAUAUCUACAGAAUUGUAACUUGUUACUGCCAUAUGAUUCACAAUUUAUUCAGCAAAUCAGCCAGUCAUUAAUAUAUUGUAAUUAAAUUCGAAACAUGCUCAGUUACUUACAUUUAAACAGGACGCAGCUGGGUUCCUUCCCCAUCUUUGUACAACUGAAUGUGUGCAAAACCUUGAAUGACCAUACUAUCAAGAAUAGAUUAACUGUUACCUUACUCAUUUCCGUUACUAGGAAUUGCUUAUUUAGUACUUUGAGUCUAGUUACUUUCCAUUUUUUCUGUUCAAAAGUA